AAUGAAAAGUCUUCGUCUACUCUUCAAACGACACUCUUCUCCCGCUAAAACCAGCUCUUCUUCCUCCAAAUUCAAAAACCCUAAACCUCCUGUCUCUAAUGGCGCUGAUUCAUCGAAACAAUCAUCAUCUCAAGAUCCCCUUAAAACCCAUUUCGCCUCUCUCAUCAAAUCCUCCGAAACCACCCUCCAGCUCCGCCACAUCCAAGCCCAAAUCCUGCGCCGCCGCCUCUCUUCCAGUGCCAACCUCACUACCCUCUUAAUCUCCGCUUAUUCUUCACUCAAAUCAACUUCUUAUGCACUCUCCGUUUUCAACAAUUCCCACCACAAAAGCUUAUUCCUUUUCAAUGCUCUGAUCCGUGGCUUAACGGAGAAUUCCCGUUUCCAGUCCUCAAUAUCCCAUUUUCUUCUAAUGUUGAGACACAGAGUUCGUCCCGAUAAACUUACGUACCCUUUCGUGAUCAAAUCUGUGGCGGGAGAGGGUCUUCGUUGCCUUGGCCUUAUCCUUCAUGGAAGAAUAAUCAAAUCCGGGGUUGAGUUUGAUACGUUCGUUCGGGUUUCGUUGGUGGAAAUGUUUGUGAAACUCGAGGAAAUGUGUUUUGCGUUGCAAGUGUUUGAUGAAAGUCCUGAGAGAAACAAGGGCGAGAGUAUACUGUUAUGGAAUGUGUUGAUUAAUGGGUUUUGUAAAGUGGGGAAUUUGGGGAAAGCUAUGGAGCUUUUCGAGGCUAUGCCUGAGAAGAACAUUGGCUCUUGGAAUAGUUUGAUAAAUGGGCUUAUGAGGAAUGGAGAUUUGAACAAAGCAACGCAGCUCUUUGAUGAAAUGAAGGAGAAGGAUGUGGUUUCUUGGACUACAAUUGUUAACGGAUUAUCACAGAACGGGGAUCAUCAGAAGGCAUUGUCUAUGUUCUUUAAGAUGCUGGAGGUUGGCUUGAGGCCUAAUGACCUUACACUUGUUUCGGCUCUUUCGGCUUGUGCUAAAAUCGGUGCUCUCAAAGCCGGAGUCAGCAUCCAUAGGUAUAUUGUGGAAAAUGGGUUUCAGUUUAAUCAAGCAAUUGCUACUGCAUUGGUUGAUAUGUAUUCGAAGUGUGGGAAUAUUCAGUCUGCUGACAAGGUUUUCGAAGAAACAAAAGAGAAGGACAUUCGUACCUGGAGUGUCAUGAUAUGGGGCUGGGCAAUCCAUGGAUUUUAUGGACAAGUUAUCCAAUGCUUCAAAAAUAUGAUAUUUUCAGGGAUAAAACCUGAUGCGGUAGUCUUUCUUGCCCUCCUGACCGCAUGCUCACACACGGGGCUAGUAGAUCUCGGGCUUAACUUCUUUGCCAGCAUGAGGCUCGAUUACUCGAUCGAACCGACCAUGAAGCAUUAUACAUUGGUCGUUGAUUUGUUAGGCAGGGCUGGCCGACUAGAUGAAGCGAUGAAGUUCAUAGAAAGGAUGCCUAUAGGUCCCGAUUUCGUGACAUGGGGAGCACUUUUCUGUGCUUGCAGAGCUCACAAAAAUAUCAAAAUGUCAGAACUAGUGUCACAGAAGCUCCUUCAGCUUGAGCCUAAACAUCCCGGGAGCUAUGUUUUCAUGUCAAACGUUUACGCUGCAGUUGGGAGAUGGGAAGAUGCAGAGAGAACAAGAACGGCGAUGCAGAGUCGAGCUGUCGGCAAAGAUCCAGGGUGGAGUUCUAUCGAAGUUGAUGGACAAGUACACAGUUUCGUAGCCGGUGAUCAUUCCCAUAAGCACACGAGAGAAAUAUACCUGAAACUAGAGGAAAUAGUGGCCGGUGCAAGAGAACAAGGAUAUAUGCCCGAGACCGGGUGGGUACUUCAUAAUAUCGAGGAAGAAGAGAAGGAAGAUGCAUUAGGAAGUCACAGUGAGAAAUUGGCUCUUACCUUUGCCUUACUGCACACUUCUUCAGGGACAACUAUCAGGAUAGUGAAGAACUUGAGAGUAUGUGGGGAUUGCCAUUCCCUGAUGAAAUAUGUUAGCAAGAUGAGCCAGAGGGAGAUCGUGUUGCGAGAUAUAAAGCGAUUCCACCAUUUCAAGGAUGGAGCCUGCUCAUGUGGAGAUUAUUGGUAAAAUGGUAAGUAACAGCAACAUUAAUCUGAUUUGCUGUUCAUGUAGGUAAGCCAAUUCAAAUAAAGAAACUUGUUUAGUAAUUGGUAGCAUGUGCAUUAUGAUUGAUCCAAUGCCAAUUUAGUUAUUAUGGACUUGUUCCUGCACCCUUGAUGUAUACCCCCAUCUGUUUUUGGAAAGAAUUGAAGAACUUGCCGCUCACUGUAUUGCUUGAUACUUGGCCAUAAGUGAUGAGUUCGUGGCAGCUACGAACGGGAGGCAGCGUUUAGGGCGAUAGCUUGUCACCACGCCGGACAAGUGGUGGCCUGCUUUGCACGUCCUUUACCUGCCAUGAUUGCUGCUAGUUUCGUGGAGGUAGAUGCAGCCGCCGCUGGAUUAAAAUGGGCAGUGGAAAAAGGGUGGACUGAUAUCUAAAGCUAUUAUAUCUAUCGUGGAGUUCCAUUUACAAGAGGCUUUGGAGAUUUUAACACCACAAAUCUUCG